AUGGUACAGCCCAGCUCUAUUGUACUCGCUACCGCCAUGGCGGUAGCGGGAUACUUUGCAACAAUCUGCUUCACACCUCCAAACGCAUCCCCAAAGCGAAAGGAAAGACAAAAGAUCGACCGCACAUCGUCGAUGGGUGAUUUCGUCCCUCUCAUCCUCCGCCAAAUCGUAAUUGUCGCCGUGGCUUAUCACGCAGCUCUUGUCAUCCUACCUGAACUGGACGCACCGAAUGUCAUGGCACAGGCUUGCCCUCGACCAAAGAAUCCCAACCCAGCACUAUUUUCUUGGAUCUCUACCUCAGUCACCGCACUACUUUUAGUGUUCAUUGGGGCCUGGGUGCGCCUUUCGGCAUUUGGAGGUCUUCGUCCAAAUUUCACUUUUCAUCUCGCUGGCCCUAGUCGGCUCGUGACAAUAGGUAUAUAUAGUUGGGUACAGCACCCGAGCUAUACCGGUCAUUUGGCGGUUAUAGCGGGGUGUACGUUGCUUUUUAUGAGAUGGGAUGGUGCACUGGCUUGCUGGAUUGAGGAGUCUACUUUGGUUGGAUUGGAAGGAUGA